AUGAUGGAGCGAUCCUUGCGCUGCAACGCGGUUCAUGUGGCGUCCUUGCUGGGGGCCUUUGCGACAGGAGCCAGCUGGACUCGAGCCCUAGGGCUGCUCAAGAGCAGCACUGGCAUUGCGGCCGUUCACGGCGCGUCCCUGAGCGGCCCGGUGGCAAAGAACAGCGCCAUCAAAGCCAGCGAGAAUCCCAAGGCCUGGCCCUUUUCUUUGACCUUGCUUCGGUCGUUGAGGUGUGAUGAACAGCUUGCGGAUGUCGUGUCCUACAAUUCUGCGAUUGAUGGCUGUGCUGCCGGCAAUUGCUGGCAGGUUGCCUGCAACCUUUACGAGGAGAUUCGCCUGCUGAGCCCAAGUUGUGCUCCGACCUUGGUGAGCGGGGCUCUCAGAAAACCACCGGCUGCCUAUUACAAGUGCAUGGCCGGGGGCCCACCUGUUGCCGGGAUUCAAGAAGACCGGGUCCGUGCUAUGGUCGUUCUCGGUGCAGUGACCUACAAUGCAGCGAUGAACGCUUGCCUGCACUCCACGAAAGAGCGGCGGGGUGUCCCAACCGAGGAGGACGAGACGGCGGCCUCAAAAGAGAUCUCCUGGCGGCGCUCCCUGAACUUGCGCAUGGAGCUGGGUCAGGCCUCUGUGGCGCCUGACCUGGUCUCAGUGAACCUGGCUCUUGCCUGCUAUGCUGCCGGCCGAGGGUGGCGGGAGGCCCUCAGCUACGGGGAGGGCACUGGCAUCCUUGGCCCAGACACCGGCCAAGGACAGCGCCCAGAUGAGGUCACCUUCGGUGCACUGCUGGGCGCCCGCUUCCCGCGGGACCUGGCCAUGAACUUGCUGCAGGCGAUGAGAGAGGAGGACCUGGAGCCCAAUGCCGUCACCCACAGUGCCGUGAUCAGUGCCUGCGAACGGGAUGGGAAUCCGCUGGGAGCCCCCAGCUCUCUCUGGGGUCUGGGCGGCACCGAUGCCUUCCGCAGGCUUUCUGGCGCUGCCCCGACUGCUCGCGCAGACCUUUGA